AUGAGCAAAAACUCAAUCGAAGAACAUUUGACGACUAUUCGUCAACAUGGCCUGAGCCUUUCUGUUGAACAAUUAAAGACCUCAUUUGAUUUCUUUGUUACUGAAUUAAAAACGAUUGAUAAUUUUGAGACAAGAUCAAGUUUAAUUGAUCAAAUGAUAUCUCCUUUAAUAAGUUUAUCAUUCAACGAUAAAAGAUUGGCCGAAGUUGAAUUAAUUCAACAUGAAUUUUUUCUAAUUUUACGCGAUCAAAUUCUGAUCGAACAUUUACGUCGACGACAUAUCGAAGGAAAUCUGACUGGAAAAAUUUUAUUGAAUGCUUCCAACUUAUUUAUGAAUCUUUAUCAUAACAUUACCGAUACAAAUGCUGCUGAAUGUAAACAUUUACUGCUUCAUUAUCUAUUGAUCGAUGAACUUGUUCAGUGUUUGAAUGAAUUGAACCAUUCUGAUAAACAUAUGAACGAUCCUUAUCUUCUUCGUUCGAUUAGUUUUCUCUUAACAGCAUUAAAACAUUUACAUGCCAAACAAGUUAUUAACGAUGAAUAUUCGCUUUUGAAACCAUUAUUCUCUGCCAUUGCUCAAUGUUUAACUUCAUUGAAUACAAUCGCAAUGAUUCGAAACUUAAAACAAAAUUUUACUCAACAUCUCGAUUAUCGCAAUAUUCUCUUUUUGGAUACAAUGCCAUGGUAUGCACAAUGGUAUUCCGAUUAUAGUGAUUUAGAAAUAUUUCUUCAAGUUUUACGAAUGCUAUUGAAAGAAUUUACCGAUUGGUUUACCAGUUGUUCACCGGAUUCCUAUCGACAUUGUGGACCAAAAAUAGGAUCGAUGCUUCGUCAUUUAACUUAUUUUCUUGUUCGUCCAAUUGAAUCCGAUAAUUUAAAGAUAUUUAGUGAAGGAUUUUACGAUGAUUAUUGUCGAUUACUUUCACAUUGGAUUUUAUUUUUAUCGUCAACAUUAUCUUUUCCAUUAGAUGAAACCAAUACGUCAGCGAUACGAACAAUUCUUCAAAUGCUUUAUAAUUUUACAUUACAUUUAAAUGUUCUCAAUUAUAUGAAAACAAUACCAACAUUGAUCCCAAUGCUUCUACAAAUAACCGAAGUUGUUCAUAUUGAAAUUCAAAUGAAUGCUUAUCGUUGUUUAGGAAAAUUAAUGCGAGAAGAUGAUAUUAAAAAAAUGGCGAAUCCAAGUAAAAUUGCCUGUGUUUACAUUGACUUCAUCAAUCGAACAAUUGAUGAUCGAGCACAAACACGACGAUUUUAUAGUCUUUUAGAUAGUUUAAAAAAUUUUGUACAACAUGAUCAAGUGAAAAGUGAAUUAAUCAAACAACAAGCUUUAACUAUUCUAAUCAAGUGUAUUGUUGAACCUCGUUUUGAUCCGAUUAAAGUACAACUUAUCGCUUUGGAAAUUCUUCUUGCUUUGUCGUUUAACAAUGACGGUUCUACGAUUCUUCGACAAAAUGAAAAUUUCAUUACUCAUAUACGAAAUCUUUCUGGUAAAACCAAUUCAAAUCAAACAGAUUUACAACGAGCAGCUGAAGGUCUUCUUUGGAAAUUAGAAAACGAAGCAAAAGCAGUUGCAAAAUCAACUAAUGUCAAUUAUUACAAAUAUGAUAUUAUGAUUAGUUAUUCACAUAAAGAUAAAGAUAUUUGUCUUGAAAUUCAUGAUCGAUUAGUGAAAGAUGGUCACAAUGUUUGGCUUGAUCGAGAUUGUUUACGUGGACCAACAAUGAUUGGGAUUGCCGAUGCCAUUGAAAAUUCCGAACAUGUUCUCAUUUGUAUGUCUAGUACUUAUAAACAAAGUGUUUAUUGUCAAUCAGAAGCUCACUAUGCCUAUGAACGAGGAUGUCGUCUCAUUCCUAUUCUUAUUGAAUCGAAUUAUAAACCUGAUGGAUGGCUUGGCAUUAUUGUUAGUGGAAAAAUUUAUGUUGAAUUUGGUAAAAUUGAUUUUCACUUAGCUUAUAAUAAAUUAAAGAAUGAAAUUAGUGCUCGUCAUUAUGAUUUACUGACACGAUCGUUAUCCAGAGUCAUUGAAAAAGACCCGAUUCAUAACGGUUCAAAAAGUCUUGAACUUUUUCAAGGCAUAUGCGAGUCGAUUGAUGAUUUACCUGAUUGUAUUACUGAAUGGACGCAUGAUCAGGCGAUUGUAUUUUUACGAUACUUUGACUUAGAUAAAACCAUUCUUCUUCUGUGUCGUCAUGUUGAUGGAUAUCGUCUUUUACAACUGUAUGAAAUGUGUCUGAUGAAUCGUGAAUCGAUGUAUCAAUCAUUGAAAUAUGAACUCAGUGCCAAACAUCAUAUCCUAUUACCUAUUGAUGAUUAUUUGACCUUUCUUCAAGAGGUGAAACCCUAUGUCUCAUACACUACCUCGAAUAUUCUUAUAGCACAGCCAGCUUCGGUUCCUUUUUCCUACUGUAAUCUUUUAUAA